CAAUUUAGUUAAAACGUUCAACGAAGAGAUAAAGGGGAAAGCAAUCUUUAUAAUUAACAGAGAGUCUGCGAACUUCCAUAUAGUUAUUUCCAUCGUGUUUUUAUUCAAUAUCGUUUGGACGUGCGUGUUGAACCAUUUACCAAUGAUGGGACAAUAGACCGUAUAUAUACGUAUAUACGUUUAUCUUCCUCUCAAUAGGUAUUUUCCUCUUUGUUAGUUUCUCUGUCCUUCUCUCUUCGGUUGUUAGAUCUUCCCUUCCUCUUUGUUUAUUCAUCUGCAUUGGAGUACCUUCACUUUAUUACGAAUGAAUCUCCCGAAGAAUACGAUUGCGUGUCAAAGGAAAUACCAGUCGAUCGUUAUUCGAUCGAAAAUUGUUGUGUUAUUCCAUUGGGAUUAAUAAUUGGUCCGGCUAAUUGGAAGUACGAUAUAUUCAAGAAACAUGCAAAAUUUGUAAAUCCGUGUCGUGCGAAUUUUGUAAAGGGUUGCGAUAAUGUCUAAAAAGACUAAUUGCAACAAAAUGUUAGUCCAUCAAUUAUCAUCUGUAUUACCUGAUGAUAGGCCAAUCACAGCCAUAAAUAUUGUUGAAGAUAUAGAUAAGUGUCCGCCAAAUUUUACAGUAGUGUCAAGAACAUACGAUCAAGAUACUGAUGCAGAUCUGUGGAGAGAAAGUGGUCUUUUUAUUAAAAAGAAAGGCAGAUACAUAUGUUUUUCAAAGACUGAAGGGUUACCUCAGUGUGUGGUAGAAGAUAUAGUAGUCAUUAAUGAACGAGAUACUCCUCCAGAAGGAUAUAGCAUAAUUUCUUAUACUGUAGAUUCAAUGCAGAAGGCAUGGAGGAAGAAACAGGUGUGCUAUAAAAUUAGAAAUAAGGAACUAUGCUCGAAAGCAGUUACUGAUAUUAUCAUAUGUAGUAGAGUUGUACAUAAGAUCUAUUCAUCUAAAACAGCACCAACUGGAUUUAUUGCUGCUGGUAUUAUUAAUGGCGUUUGUGUUUGCUACAAAACUGUGGAUAUUGUAAAUGGGAAUUCAAAUUCACAAUCGUAUGUUAAUAUAGAUUUACUUCAAAGCGCUUCUCCAAAUCCAUCGAAUGGAACGCCCCAUAGAAUACCUCCUGAGAGACCACCAAAACCAAAGUUUUCACCAAAACCAGCAAAUGGGGUUUAUCCACAAAUUAGUGGAAGUGGGGGAAAGGACACAGAUGAAUCUAAUGAUAGAGAUUAUGAAAUUCUGAGCCCUAGUGCAAGAAUUAGACCCACAAGACCUGCUCCGCAACCGCCUACAUCAACAGUUGUUGGAUCUACAUCAAUUUAUGGUACACUGCCAGGGUCUUCUGAUUUGGAUGGAGUUCCAUUUGUUCUUAAUCCACGUCUUAGUGUUCAUUCUGAUUCUUCUAUUAAUAAGCUUCCUGUGAUUAAAGUUUGGACUCAGAAAGACUUGGAUAAGGAGUUCUUUUACGAUUUUCGUGCGGAGAGAGAAACUUGAAGAAACCACUGUGCCAAACUAAUUGUGUGAUUCUUCACACAAUUUUUCAGCUAUGUCUAUACAUUUGUAUUGAUAAUAUAGCACUAGCCAAGUGUAAUAGAGUGCCUGAACGAGUGAUUCAUACUAACCCACGAAAAUGGAAUCUUUUCAAAACAUUUAUUGAUGAAAUGUUCAAAUUUAAAUAUUGUCCAUUUUCUGAAGUACUUUUUUCUUCCGUGUCCUAUUUAGAUUUUGAUACCAGUGACAGUUAGCAUUGUAUUUUUAUAGAGUUGCGUUGUAUUUUUAUAGAUAGUAGAAGUUAUAUAGAUAUAUAUUAUAUAUAAUUGUAUGAUAUGUUCUAGAUGUUUAUAAAUCGCCACAAAAUACUUAAUAUUA